CUGGUGUGAUAUUUGUGAUAAUUCCACCUCCUUCUAAUCCCUCAUUCAGACAGUCUGCUCACUCCGGCAGACCCGCUGACCUCAAGCAGAGCGUCUUCCUCUUGACUGCGCGAUGACGUAGGCGACGUAGGGCUGCGCGUACGGACGCUCGGCGCUGCGUUUCCUUUUCGUGCGAAUACAGGAGAACAUCUCGAAACAAAACCGCAGAUGCCAAGGAAGCGCUGACAGAGCAGGAGCGCGUUAUAUGAACGCUGCUCUGGGAUAAAGAUGUCUCUUUCUAAAGAGGUACCAGCGGAUGCCUUUCCACAGGGUUUCGCGUGGGGAGCUGCAACCGCUGCUUAUCAAAUCGAAGGGUGCUGGGACAUGGAUGGUAAAGGCCCCAGCAUAUGGGACACGUUCUGCCAUGCUAAAGGCAGAGUAUUUGAGGAUCAGACAGGAGAUGUGGCCUGCAACAGUUACCAGCUUUGGGAAGAAGACCUGAAAUGUAUCCAGCAGUUAGGCCUCACCCAUUACCGCCUGUCCUUAUCUUGGUCCCGACUGCUUCCUGAUGGAACCACAAAUUAUAUCAAUCCAAAAGGUGUUGCAUAUUAUAACAAAGUGAUCAAUGAUCUCAUUGCCAGUGCUGUUAUGCCCAUGGUCACCCUGAACCACUUUGACCUGCCCCAGGCCCUGGAGAAUCGUGGUGGAUGGAAAUCUCCAGAGAUUGCAGAUGUUUUUGAUUCAUAUGCAAAGUUUUGCUUUAAAACCUUUGGGGACAGGGUGAAGCUCUGGAUUACAGUGAAUGAGCCUUACGUGUGUGCUAAACAUGGGUACGAGGAUGGCCUUUAUGCCCCAGGGCUCAGAGAACCAGGCACCUCUGUCUACCUGGUGGGUCACAACAUGCUGCGUGCCCACUCCAAAGCCUGGCAUAGUUAUGAUGCUAAUUUCAGACAUCUCCAAGGAGGGAAAGUGUCCAUAGCUCUUAGUAGUGACUGGGCUGAGCCUUUGGACCCAAGCAAUCCCGAGGAUGUAUCAGCCACAGAACGAUACAUGGACUUCAUUCUGGGCUGGUUCGCUUGCCCUGUAUUUUGCACAGGGGACUAUCCAGAGAAAAUGAAGACCAGGAUUGAGGCCAGGAACCUGGAACUAGGGUUCUCUGAGGGUCCUCGGCUGCCAAAGUUUUCAGAGGAUGAGCCCAACCCUUUAGGCACAGCAGAUUUCUUUGCACUGAACUACUACACUUCACGUAAAGUGAAGAAUACAAGUUCUCAUCGCAGUGAGCUCAGUUUCAAAGGGGACCAGGGAGCAGAGGUUGUGAUGGAUCCGUCAUGGCCAAUCUGUGGGGUAUCCUGGCUCGCUGUAGUGCCGGAAGGACUGCGCAAGUUGUUAAAUUACAUAAAGGAGACCUACAACAACCCAGACAUCUACAUCACUGAAAACGGCUUCUCACAGAUAGGACCGGUUGAACUGGAGGACAUUGAGCGCUGGCAAUUUUAUCAGGACACUCUUCAGGAAGUAUCUAAAGCUAUCAGAGAUGAUGGUGUGAGUGUGACGGGAUAUUUUGCAUGGACGCUCAUGGAUAACUUUGAGUGGGCAGAAGGCUUCAGAGCACGAUUUGGCCUCUUUCAUGUGGACUUCUCCAGAGCUGAGCUGAAGCGCACCGUUUACCACUCCGGUAGAGAAUAUGCAGCUGUGAUAUCCAGACAUCGCACCCACAUCAAGCUGGAAAAGACCUGAACACAGAAUUUUGUGUUCUCACUAUUCUGGAGGCAUGUCUAACCGUGAUGAGAACAUUCUAUCCGGACUGAAAAAGGAAGUAAUAAUCCAUAGUUUAAGUGAAGAAUGAAAAAAACAUUUUCAAACUUUUAUAAACAUGAAAUACUUGAAAAACAUGAAAUAUACAAAUGUUUCCUGUGGUCAAGUGAGUGAAAAAAGUCAUUUGAAAACAUCUCAACAUAUGAAGUCUGUGCUUUUUCACAGCUUUGAAAAACUGUUUAAGAACUUUCUUAAAUCACUUCUGGAAUAAAGUAUUAAUAAUAAGGAAUAAUGGUCUCUAUUUAAGCUGAAAUGAAUGCUGUAAAGUGGGAGGACCAGAGAUUGACAGGCAGGUAGUGAUUUGCUGUUAUCUACUGCCACAGUGUGGCAGAAAAUGGUAUCACAAGUGUAUAAGCUUCAAGUCAGUGGUCACCAACCCCUGGUCCUGGCGAUCUGCCUUCCUGUUAAGUCUAGUUCCAACUGCAAUCUCCCACACCUGCUCCAGUUAAUUAACUUCUUCAGAAGUCCUUGAUUGGCUGGAUUAGAUGCAUUGGAGGUACAAAAAAGGGGGUAGCAUGUUAGAGGCAGGUUGAUGACCACUGGUUCAAGCAAUAAAUCUGUUUUCACUACA